AUAUAAUGUGCGGGAUCUAUAAACACGUCAACACAUUGAUCUACACAACGUCUUCUUUCGACAUAGAGAGAUAACAACUGUACUUCCGAAUUUGUACAAAUUGCAAAUAGAAAGCCAGAAUUGCUCGCUUUGUUCCAAAUGGUGACGGAUUUUUCAUUGAAAUUAUGACAGCUGAACACACCAAACUAAACAACGGUUUUGCCACGAUCUCAUGGAAAUGAAUGAUGUAUUUGUCGGACGAGUGGAAUGUACUGAAAAUCUUAAAGCAGCUUGGAAUCAUGGUCAGAACAGAAUUUUCGGAAUUUAUGGUCCCAAGAGUGUCGGCAAAACGAGAUAUGUGGAAAAUUUUCUUCGAAUUCUGGCAUCUGAUAAAAAUUCUAAAGUGAAAGCACUCGCUCUUGAUUUUCAUUUCAUUAAAAGUUAUAAAGUGUACGUUGAAACUGUUGCUGGAUGUUUAAGCAUAGAGGACUGUGAAGCUUGUUCACAUACAAAUUGCAGAUGCAUACGAAAGAUAAUUAAGACUCUGAAAGACAGUGAGGAUGUUUACAUUUUUCACCAUGACCAUCAAGAAGAAGCCAAGUCUAAACCAGACUCGAAUGGAAACCUUACAGAUUCAACAAACCAAACCCUCUGGGAUCAAAUAUAUGUAGAGGUCGUCAAACCACUGCUUACAGAAUGCUGCAACUUUUAUCUGAUUAUCUCUUCCACAGACGAAUUUCGUUUUGCAGAGUUUUGGAGGGUAUUCUGGAUGCAGAGGAUUCCUGCUUUGACGGAAAGUGAGUCGUUGGAACUAUUAAAUGAUGUAUGGCCCUCCUGUACAGAGGAAACGAAGUCGUGUCGACAAUUAGUCAUACUAUGUGACGGUAUACCACCAGCUAUUAUCAAUGCAGGUCUGUUGAUGAAGGAUAAUGUGAUAUCUGUUGAUGAGGUUAUACAGUUAAUGGUAAAACAGAUCAUUGAGGUACUGAGCGAUGAAUUCCUUCCUCAUCCAGAGAGGAUAAACACACAGUUGCAAAAUCGAUGGAAACAUCUUAGCGAAGAACAGAGUGACAACUUAGUAAAGACUCUUGUUAUUAUCAAGUACACAAGCCAAUCGACGAUAGCAGCAAAUGCAAAACUAUUAAAAUAUAAAAACCUUGCGGAAUACAAAUUCCACCACCUGCUUCCUCUGUUAAGAAGAAAUUUGCUGUCGUACAACAAAGAGAAGGAGACUGUUUCCCCUUGUCCCCUGAUUCAGCACAUCUUAGAGGCUGUGAAUUACAUCAAAGCAGAUGAAAUAAGAGAAGAACUUCAAGAACAAAUCAAAGCCAUAUUGGAGCCACGACCCCAAAAUGGAGCAAGUAGUUGCCUUUCUGAUUGUGAAACAUCGUCUCUUUGUUCAAAUUCUGUUGACUUGCCAAACAAUCCUUGUGCAUGCCCUCAAAAUUAUUUUGCUGUAGGAGAUCGAGCUAAACAGUGUGCUUUUCAGAACAACAUCUAUCAAGAACCCUCCAUUGAAAAUUUGAGGAGCAGAGGACAACUCAAUGGUUCUUUCAAAACCCCGGUGGAGAAUGACAACUUUGAAAAACCACCAAUUAAAUCUUUUGGUGGAAUCCAACUUCAAGAGAUGGGAUUGGACGACUCUGACAGUAAUUCAGAAAGCAGAAAAAAUUCUCUCGUUACAAAUUUGAACCGAAGAUCUCUGGAGAAAGACAAAAUUUAUGAGUGCAAGGACAUAUUAAACACAAGAUUUUCUUUAAAUCCUGAACACAAGUGUUUAGACAUCAUGCAAUCUCAGCUAAAUCAUAGUAAGAAAAAUAAUCAUGAGACUUGUCUAACGUUUCCUCAAGAGAAUGAAGAAAAUUAUCAAUCAGCUGAUGAUAAUACAUCCCUUUCUUCAGAACAUUCAGAGGAAUUGAUUUCUCGUGGUCCCAAUGUAUCUCAGUCGGGUAAAUCCCAGAAAAACUCUUCGAUUGAUAAUUCAAAUCUUGGUCCUGCUGUUACAUUAUCAUGUGAAUAUGAAACAAGAAUGACAGAAAAACCUGAUGAUUCUUCAGCCUUGCCAUUUUCUGAAAAACCUACUCAAAAUCUCCAAAAGCAACACACUGACCAGUGUCCAGAUGUAACUUUAUCCGGCGUAGGAAGCAUCCCCUUGGACAGAUCUGGAAUUCAACUAUCCUCGUCAUACUCUAGUGAAAAUACUCAAGAUUGUUUAAGAUCUGGUGCUGAAAAAGGCCAUGAGGUAACUAUAUCAGGUAUAGCAGCCAGUUGCGUUGAAAAGCCUGUUAAUAAUUCACCAAACGUUCGCAAGGACAAUAAAGACCAAGGCCCGUAUGUGACAAUAUCUGGUGUAUAUCAGACGAUAAAUUCCGAAAAUAAAAUCCUCAUCAAAGACCUUCGUGAACUUACUGUUUCAAAGUCAGAAGAGAGAGAAGCCAAUAUCCAAGGACAGACAGUUCCAAGGAUUGUUCCAAAAUCUCCGGUUCAAGUUUCUGAAGAAGCUGACGGUGUUAAUUGUACAAUUGUAAAAGAUGGCUUCCCUUAUCCUCUUGGUCAUUUAUACACAACGGCAGUCAUUAAUGAAACUGGCAUACCUUCAAAGAAUGUUCCUUCCAACUUUUCGGGGGUUUCAAACCUCAGAGAGGGUUCAACUAAUAUAAAUAAUAUGGGUUUUAUCACAAAUGAGGCGUCACCUUCCCUGGAAACAGUUCCCCAGCCUUGUGUGCCAUCUUCUUUAAACAAUCAGAAAUCCAAUAGUCAGAAUCCUUCAAGUACAAUAGAAACUUCAAAGUUUUGUCAAAGCACAAAAGAAGCAACUGGAAUUCCUUGUAAAAUGGAAACUGAGAAGCUUUCAGGUUUGCGUCAUCGACCGCAAAAUCAUUCAAGAACUUUACAUGAAAACAUUAAACCAAAAGACUCCCAAGGUUCGCAAUCGACCAUAUCUUUUUCAGAAUCAAACGUCGAUGUCCACAACGGUAAUGCACCUCAAACUCUUAUGACCAGUGGCAAUACCACGCAUAGGGUACAUGAAAAUUUGUCUUAUGGAGAAUCUAUGGCAAAUCGUGGUGCGAUAGGAUCUACUGGAAAUGAGAAUCCUUAUUGUAGAGUUAACAGAGACCAUGCUUCUUAUUCAUCAAUUGUUACAUCCCUAGGUUCUUCUUUAUUCUCGAAUGUUACCAAAGUUGUGGAUAUUUACAACAGUUUGGAAUGAUAAAGAAAUUGCCAUAUAUAAAAACGAUCUUAAGGUGUUCAAACUUUUCACACUGUCUUUAUUGGUGCCUUUAUGAAAUCGUCGUUGUUAUUUGCUUUUACUUUUGUAUACUUAUUUUGAUCUCAUCUUAACUUUGCAUAUUUUAAAGAAAUUGCACCACUGUAAAUGGCAUUUUUUU